UCAACGGAAAGAGCCGAAGACGUCGGCUCGGUCAUGUGAUCAGCUGUGUCCAAUAACAGCUGAUCGCUGAUCAUCAGGGCACUGAUGAUCAGUGUAGCCCCAGCAGUACUACCUGUCAGUGUCCAUCAAUGCCAGCUGUCAGUGCUCAUCCAUGCCACCUGCCAGUGCCCAUCAAUGCCACAUAUCAGUGCCUACCAGUGCACAUCAAUGCCACAUAUCAGUGCCCAUCUGAGCUGCCUUUCAGUGCCACCUAUCAGUGCCAGUCAAUGCCACCUAUCGAUGCCAAUCAGUGCCACCUAUCAGUGCCACCUAUCAGUG